AUCAAUGGGGCUUCGAGGCAAGUGGAAUACAGAUUCCAGUUCUCCACCCCAGGAAACCGGCAAGUAUCACCUCUGUGAUCGAAAGAUAGAGCUUGAAUUGGGGUUCAAUUAGAGCGUAGACAAGAACAGAGCCGAUUUCCGCUUAUUUAUCGUAGCAAUAGGUGAGUUAACUUUCUUGUUUUCUUAUGUUUUAUAUAUCAUUUUGUAGCUCGUGAAAUUCUCUAUGGAAUGGUAUAUAAUAGUUGGGGUUUUAUUUGACUAUGAUAGGAAAAGCUUUUUUAAUAAAGUGGGUAUAGGUCGAUUUUCGCGUAGGGUGGUCAUAGGGGAAAAUGAGUAUUUUUGCAAUAACUCAGGAAGGGCUCGUCCAAUCAGGCUCAUCUUCUUCUCUCGACUGAGAUAUUGAUGAGACUGAACUGUGUAGAAAAUUUCAUCACGAUCUGUCUCUCCCUUCGAAAGUUAUCGUGUAAACGGCCGGAUGGACACACUGACCGAUUCUAGAGUGUACUCAUUUUUUGAGUACACAAAAACAUAGGAAAAGCAUAGGGAAAAAUGAGUAUUUUUGCAAUAACUCAGGAAGGGCUUGUCCAAUCAGGCUUAUCUUCGAAUUCGACCGAGACAUUGAUGAGACUGAACUGUGUAGAAAAUUUCAUCACGAUCUGACUCUCCCUUCGAAAGUUAUCGUGUAAACGGACGGAUGACCGGCCGGACACACUGACCGAUUCUAGAGUGUACUCACUUUUUGAGUACACAAAAAACAAAAAAAGCGAAAAGUUAUUUUGAAUAUGACUAUCAUUGGAAUAUAUGAUAGCGACUAUAUUAUUACUCUGAAAAAUAAUUAGCUACUCAAGAAGUAUGGUCUUCAAUUAAUUUGACAUUAGAAUCACUUUCAACUGAUUCAUUCAGUUCAUUUAACACUACUAUUUCAUCAUUUGAUUGUAAUUCUUGUGACACAAUUAAUAAAUCAUUAUCUCAUUCAAGUUCCGGUGAUGGUAAUCCUUCUAUGCGUUGUUUACAAUCAACAAUUUUAUUAUAUUUAACACAUCUUAUUAGUGAUAUUAAAUUAUUUGAUAUAGCAAAUAAUUCAGAUCAAUCAUCAUCAUCAUCAACUGCACCACCACCACCACCUACUACUAAUCAAUCACCAUCAUUAAUUGCACCACCACCACCACACAUUGUUGAAAAUAUUCAAGAACCAUCUAUUAUUCCUGUUGUUGAUAAAUCAAAUGAUAAAAAAUUAAAUGAAAAUGAUUUACAAAAAACAAAGAAUAAAAACAAAAAAAAACAUUGGUUUUUUGAAAUUCUGAAUGAUCAAAUAACCCGUUGGGUUGAAUCAAUUGUUGGUGGUGUAAUCGUCGUGUUCUUUGGCGGAUAUUUGCUCGGUCAAAAACAAAAAUUAAAAUUAAUGUCACAAUUAAAGAAACAUCAUCAUUAUGAUGCUAUUCGAUUGAGUUUUGAAAAACAAAUUUCGGAUUUACUACAAAUUAUCAAUGAAAUUGGUGAUGCUAAUAAUCAUUGA